CAGCCUUUGAUCUCUCGGAUCUCGGGAUUGUGGAGCUAUCCUGAAGGCUGUUUGACCUGAUUCGUGCUGAACAUGACCCUCAGCCCACAGAUGGCGAUGACGAUUGAUACGGACAAGCUCUUGUCGGUCCCAUCCGGGUACUUGACGCCGCUCCCACCAUCCGUGAAUCUGCAACAGCCAGCAAAAUUUGAAAGGAGCAGCAGUCAGGAGGAUGAUGCCUCAACUCCGAAGCUGCAUCCAGGUGGCUGGAACGAGUUGGCUUCCGGGGACCUUCAUGAGAAGUUGUCCAGCUUGGCCGCCAAACAAUGGUCCCAGGAAGCCCUGGACCUUCCCAAGCCGACUUUUGCAGAUGAUUUUGUCAAGGUUCCUCUUGAUGAACAGAGUUUCAUCUCGCCCCCGCCAGCACCACAUGCUGUGGCGCGGGAAUCAAAGAGGAAUCGAUUGGCCGUGAUCUCCAAAGGUUCGGUGGGGCAUCCUUACAACUGCGCUGCUGCAUGCAAGUACGUAAAGCGCAAGGGUGGAUGCCGAGAUGGCGCUGAUUGUCCCAACUGCCAUGAGUGCUUUUGGUCCAAAGCCACAGCCAAAGAGGCUGAGACGAGGAAUGAUGCACAGAUGGUUCAGCAGGACGAGCAAUUGGCGGAAAAGGUGAUGCGCCUCUUGCAGGAUGAGCACGGAAAGGUGGAUAUGAACGCUCAGAUUUCUCAGGUGCCACCGAUGGGUUUCGUUGACUGGAGUUCGAGCUUGAACUACAUGGGUGUGAAGAUUCCAGGGGAGACCUUUGGUGGCAUUGGUCCGCUUGUGUCAGAGCCAGUGCCGACGGCGGACAAUCCAGGCUCCAAGGGCCAUCCAUACAGCUGUGGCCCCGCGUGCAAAUAUGUUCAAAAGUCUCGUGGUUGUAAAGAUGGAGACCUUUGCACACAUUGCCAUCUAUGCCGGUGGACUCGCUAUGCAUCGAAGCAUCACUUGAAGAUUUGAGAACAAAGACGAGGUGCGGGUAGAUGGGAUGUGCCAAAGGUGGCAAAGGCUUUGUCAAGAUGCUGCUCCCGUCGUAGCCCUUUGACACCUGCCUUCGUUGGCUAGCAAAGGCUUGUGUAGGAGCUGCAGCUCUUGUUCCAGGCCUUGGCUUGUGGCAAAUAUCAGCCUCAGGUCACCAAGCCACAUGCUGCUAGACGGGACACACCCAUGGCAUGUUGACUUGUAGCCACGUGGGCGAAAACUUUUGAAGAGAUUUUAGACAAUCGGACCUAAGACAAGGUCGUCGCGUAGUUUGAGGCGGCUCUAUUUUGCAACUUUUAGACAGUUCUCC